AGGGGGCGGGGCCGAACUGAUUGCGCAUGCAGCUCAUUGGCUGCGCAACCACGGGAAUUGUAACAAAAACAGUGACCCAUUGGGAAGGCGCUCCGGGAGUCCUUUUGCGCAGGUGCGGGUGACGGCACACUUCUCCAGACCGGCUCUGACCCUGGAGCAGGGGCAUUAAGUGGAGAGGCUGCUACGGAGGGAGAAAUGUCAGCAACGAUGUAUAUUCUGUCCACUCUGGGAGGUUAUGUACUGUCCUCGGCUUUGCUCUUCAAGUGCCCAGGGUUGCUGCACAAAAAGAAGAAACAGAGCUUCAGGAGCCGGCAUAUCUCUCACCGCGGAGGUGCAGGAGAGAACCUGGAAAACACAAUGGCGGCCUUCAGGCAUGCUGUGCAGUUGGGAACAGAGAUGCUGGAGCUUGAUUGUCACAUGACCAAAGAUGGCCAAGUAGUUGUGUCACAUGAUGACAAUUUGAAAAGAACCACAGGGAUGGAUGUGGACAUAGCUGACCUCACAUUCUCAGAGCUCCCACCUUACCAUUGCAGGCUGCAUGUCUCUUUCAAGAAAGAUUGCUUCUGUGUGGGAGGAGAGGACAGAAAGAUCCCUCUCCUGCGGGAAGUACUUGAAGCCUUUCCAAAGAUUCCCAUCAACAUUGACAUCAAGGUCAACAAUGAUGCCCUCAUUGAAAAGGUAUCAGAUUUGGUGAAGGAGUUUAAUCGACAGGACAUCACUGUCUGGGGCAACACCAGUGACAAUAUUGUGAAGAAAUGUUACAAGACGAAUCCGAACAUUCCAAUCUUGUUCAGUCUGCAGCGAGUGCUUCUUAUACUGGGGUUGUUUUACACUGGGCUCCUGCCUUUCUUCCCAAUUCGGGAGCAGUUCCUGGAGAUACCCAUGCCCUCCAUUAUGCUGAAGUUAAAAGACUCAAAGAAGAUCUCAAGGAUUUACCGGUUUAUGAUUUGGCUCGCUGACACUUUGCUAAUGAGGACAUCGCUGUUUGAGCAUCUGAAAGCACGAGGCAUUCAGAUUUACAUAUGGGUCUUAAAUGAUGAACAAGACUUCAAGAGGGCCUUUGAUUUGGGAGCGACUGGUGUCAUGACAGACUAUCCAUCCCAGUUGAAGAAGUUUCUGGAACACUAUCCUUGCAGAGAUCAGUAGGAAUGGAGAUGGGAAGGGCAUGGGUGAAGGUGGGUGACAGAGAGGGGAAAGAGGCCAAAGAAAACCCUUCAGCUUAUGAUACCAGCUUUGGCCUGUCAAUUCAGUAUUCUUGUAAUACAAGCACCCAUUACGUUCACUGCAGCAAGAGCAGAGCAGUUCCCAAUCAUUCAGGCUUGUUCAUUGUCGGUUAACACUAAUUUUGGGUGCAGAAAACGUUCAUCUUUUAACGUUAAUAAUUUUGUUUGAAGCAUCUACAAGAACUGAGUCUAGUUAUUUGAGGGCAACACCCUUCUCCUUGGUCAGGAAUAUGACACGUUUAUCUUUUGUUACUGACUCAUGUAAGUUUGUAUAUAAAGCAACCUAAUGGAUUUAUAUUAAGAUGAUAUAGUUGAAACCAUUGAAUCACAGAAUCUUACUGCACAUGAGACCAUUCAGCCCAUACCGGUACUGGCUCACUGCAUGAGAUAUCCAUUUAGUCCCAAAACCCAAACUUUUUUGAUUAUUAAUCCUGUUAAUUUUUGAAAGUGUUGAUUGGAAUCUACUCCCACCACGCAUUAAGCAUUUGAAUACCGCAUUCUGGAAAUGUUUAGGCUAGUGACCUGUGGAAAGUCAAUUUUUGUCGAUGUGCUUAGAGUGUAUGCUCACUGUUGGCCUAAAAGAGGUUUAGGUGGAGAGGGUUGUGAUAUAUCAACAAAGAAUCCGUACCUGGAAUAUGGCAUGGCAGUGUGCUGAAUGUGGUUGAUGUUUUGCAUCCUUCUCUCAUCAGGAUAAGUGCAAAAAUGCCAAAUUUCAGUUAGUCACAGCUAAUUAUACCAAAAAGAGAAAAAGGAUGCGGAUUUCUUGAAAGUCAGUUCCAGCUGAGGCACCAUCAUGGAGGAAGAAAAACAUGGGGAACUAUAGGCUUUGCAAAAAUAAAGGCUCAAGAUUACUUUUGUUUGUGAAUAAUGCAGAGACUGUUUGUUUGUAUGAAUGUUGGCUGCUUAUGACAAGAAUAAAUGAGUCAUUUUCUAAUUGUCCAAGAGCUUGAGGAGCCUGUAGUUCCCUGUUGCUUCUGCCACAGCAAUGCCUCAGUUGAUCAGAGUCAGCCUUUCCAACCAAUUGGUAUUCCAUUUCUUUGUAACAUAAGCAGUUUUGCUUGUUAGAAAUUUGACAUUCUUGCAAUUGUGUUGAAGACUGCAAGGCAAAAAAGAACUUCACCAUGUUCCUCUCUUCAGCAGUAGGGGGUGUUAACUGUCUCUCUCUUCAGACAGCAGAGACCUGUAUCACCAUUGUUUUCCAUUUUUAUUUUCUUAAAUACAAGAAUCAGUAAAAGGAAGUGAUUUUUGUUAGUAUUGCAGGAUUGAAAGAGGAAGCAGAUGGGGAUUUCCUACUUUGUAUGUGGUUCAGUUUGUAGCUUCAAAAUCAGGCCUCAACUACUUCUGACUCUGCUUUUGAGCAUUGUGAUUUUGGGGAGAGGGGUAGGUGAGGUGGAAGAAGUAAAUGCUUCUAGUUUUGAGAAGUUGAUUAAAAACAGCAUCUCUCUCCACCCAAACUGGGGAGGGUAGAUGAAUAAAAUCUUGCCAGGCUUCAAUGAGUAAGGAGACGUGCUCCCAUUGAAUUAACUCCGAGAGGUCCAAGUCUUAAUCACAAGGUAAUAAAUUAUAUUCUUUUAUGGUUUAUGAAUCUCUCCUUAUUCAUUUGCAUCAACAAUUUGCUUUUACAUAGCACCUUUUAAUGUUGUAACAUGUCCCAAGGCUCUUCACAGAUGCAUAACAAAAUGAGAGGCAGAGUCACAUUAGAAGAUAACAGUGGACAACAAAUUGCUCAAAGGAAGGAUUGUUUGAUUUAAAGAAUGGCUUGGAGGAAAGGAAGAGAGACAGAUGAGUUUAAGGAG